CUUCCACCGAUUCCCUCUUCUUUUCAUUUAUUUAUCGAAUUUGGCGAUUCGUCAUUUCCCGUGCAUGACGGUCAACCGAAGCGUGAUUGGAGAUGGAAUCUCAGGACGGAAUCACCGUCCGCCCUAUGAGGCUGAAAGUGCUAUACACAUUCGACAACGAAAAUAAGACAAAUUGUCUCGCUCGCUGGCCUCAUGUUCUCGAUAUCCAGACUGCCUAUCUCGAUGAGCAAACACCCGUCGGGGUGAUCGAAUUGAAGACAUGUAUCCAGGCAAUCGUUUCCGCCAGUCCUGAACUGGUGGCGCAGUUGGGGAGGGAUUACACGGUAUACGCUUACGACUACUCGGAAUACGAAACCCCCCUAGUUGGACAGGGAAUGUUAUCAUGGGUCCUCGCUUCUGCCUCGCCGACACCAGAGGCUCCAGCUCACCAGUCCAAGACAAUGGUUACUGGUCGUGUGUGCAAAACCCCGCUCGGUCUUUUCUCGAGGGGUGCCCAGGAGAUAUUGGAGGUUAAACUGCGGCUAGUUCCUGUGCCAACCGUCAUGCAAAGCGAAUAUCUUGACAGCAUGCAAAAAUACCGGGAGCUGAGCAAUGUCAUUCCUCACGACUUUGACGCUCAAACGUGGAGCAACUUUGUACGCCAAAAUCCCGCUCUCCUGGAGGCCGCUCGACAGCAGGACCAAAUUCCUUCGAUGAUGACCCAGUCCGGAAUUGAGCGAUUCCACCAGCUUUUGAGCGAAGGGGCCACUCCACGGGAAUUUUCCAACUAUCCUACUGAAUCCAUUCGUUCCUCUUCGCCUACACAUUCAUUCGGUCCUCCCAGUCGAAUGUCAACCCCCGCUGGAACUCGUCCCUCAGGUCAACAUCAGCAGCCCCAGUCCAAGCAAAACUUUUGCCAUAGUGAUAUGAUCCGCCCCUCAUCUAGUGCGUCCAUGCGAGACAGUGAUUUCCCACAUCAAGUUUUUAACACUCGGCCUCGACGGGAUUCUGUGCAGUCUGGAUAUGGCAGUGGUGCCGAGGAUCUCGUGGAACCCCAGCCUCGGAAGAGAGCCAAGCUUGUCCAAGCGGGCUGGCCAGGAAAGUCAGAUAUGAACAUCGAGCGGCAACCCAGCUCGCUUCGAGUGGCAGCCAGCACUGCCGCCUCAGUUCGAAUCCACCGCCCGACUCCCGUCAACCCUGCCAUUGCUGCUGAGCAUUCCAAUGAGGAACCUAUUCGCCCACCAACUCCCAUCUCUAGGCCUGGAGAUCUACCGCGUCGGGCACGAAUCCCAUCUAGCUUGCUACGAGAAUCUUCGAUCAACAGUGCCGCUUCAUACACAUCACCAUACUAUAACAGUGAUGAUAUGCUCGCGACAGACCAGACUCCCAACUCUCCUGAGGACUCUCGCUACCAAGGUCUCUUCGAGCCUCCAUUCACCAUGCCAUCAUCCCCUCCUAUUUUGGAUGGUCACCGAUUCGCACAAAGGUCUAGCCCGGUUCUGCCUCCUAUCUCUUUGGACACCGACUCGGGUUUCAUGAGUGGCGGUUUCGAGGACCUCAUGGAUGAUGGUGCCCCUACCCCUGUGGAGGAGAGCCGCAGAAAUGAGGCGCGCGAAGUCACUGCAGAGAAGCGUUCCCGCCCCGUUCGACCUGCUGUUCAAGCCGGCUCUCCUGCCAGUGCCAUUGGGCUCAUGUCAGAGAACGCUAAUGAGCCAAUUGUGAUGAACGAUGGCCCGGCAGACCAUAACUCGAGAAAGCCACCAACUCGUCCGGCCACAUCUGCUGGGUCGAGACCGUCUUCGCGUGCUGGCGUUCGGUUGGCCCCGAAGCCAUUGGCACCGGCACCAAUUUCACAGAGCGAUAUUGUGCAGUUGAUGAGUUCGAUCCCUGCCAGUGAUCCCGCCGCUCCUACACAGCCCCCUCCUCUUCAUCACUCACAUACAUGGACUGGGCCAAUGAGUGAUUUUACUUUCGUUGAAACCCCGAAGCCUUCAACUGAGAUUGGUAAGCCUCGAAGUGGAACAGGUGCGAAAAGAUCCAGACAAGUGCAGGAUCGCUUGGAGCAAGCCAUCAAGGCUGGCGAAGUCCCUCCUUACUGUGAGAAUUGCGGCUCCGUUGAAACCCCGACAUGGCGUCGAGCCUGGUCGAUGGAAGUUUGCGGCGGUGAGCAACUUGCAAAUGACAUGAUGACGGGUUUCAAUAUGUUAUUCUGGGAACCUCAGGAACGGAAUUUCCAGGGUGAAGUCGUCCGAUUCAAGAUUGUCAAGAAGAGUCUGGCCGAUGAAGACAAAGGUUGGACACAGGACCUGCUUUGUAACCCCUGCGGGCUAUGGCUUCACAAGUUCAAGCAGAUGCGCCCCGAAAAUAAGUGGAAUAAGGCGCCUGCGGACAAGACUGGCAACAACAAGAAGAAGCGCUCUUCAAGAAACCGCAAGCAGAGUGGUGGCCCACUUUCCAAGCCUACUACCCGGGCUCGCAGUAAUGGCCCGCCUACUUCCACUGCGGCAUCCUCUCCGGCUCCUACUGAGGCCUCCUCUGUACAACCGGACGAAGGGACUACUCCCCGAGCGGAAAACGAGCGGGACUAUGCAGGAGAACAUCCCAACAAGAAGCGUCGGGCAAACAGCGCAGAGCCCCCGCGGUCUUCAGAAACUGCGAAGCAGCGUUGGCAGGAGCAGGAUGCUAUGGAAGCUCUUCGCCAAGCCAUCCAGUCGAGUCCAGCCAGGAAUAUGCAAAAUCGAGCCAUCCCUACACCCGAGGACAAAACCCACCUUACUCCUAAGCCUGUACGACGGGCUCUUUUCCCUGCUUCACAAAACGAUGGUCCGUUGAAAGAGCUGGAUGCCUCGUUCGUGAACAGCUGCUCUCCUCGGCGCAGCCCCCGCAUUGCUUCGCGUGGAGAUAAGCCACCCCGGGAAGAGAAGGAAAAGGAGAACCAGGAUCCCACUCCUCGUAAUGACAUCGAUGGCCUCUUCGAGAGUCCCUCUAUGGACUUUGAUAUGCCUGUCAGCCCGACCCCUCGCCGCCGGAACCACCGCACCAAUGCUGUGCACGAGCGUCGCCACUCACUGCCUUGCAACUCGCCUACCGCUAACCGACGCAAGGAGGUCGGUUCAACCAUGAAUCCGAGCCCGACCCGGCUCACUGCGGAGCGCCUGCAGCGUAUCCAGGAGGGUCAGGAGCGGAGCACUCCACAGCAACAUCGUUCACCUAACAAGCAUGGCAUGCCUACGCUUGCGGAUCAGGGUCUGCACUCGGAAGCCUUCGAAUCCCUCGAUGGCAUGAUCCUCGACAUCUUCGACGAUGCUCCUGGCCAGUCCGACUUCGACUUGCAGAACGCCAAGCUGGAUGAGAACUGGGCUGACUGGCUUCCAUCGGACUACGUCUCUCCUUCCGGGUCGGAAGAUGACCCUGGCCCUUCGGAAGACCUGAUCAACGCAAUCCUAUCCGAUCAUACCGUCAUGAAAGACAACCUCCAUAAUUCCCAAUUCCACCUCUUCAACUUCGGUGGUUCGGAAAUGCCCGACUCGGGCUUCUUCAGCUCCGAUGCUCUCCACACUGACCACGUGGGUCAGGCUUCAAAGGUCCAGCCUGCCAACCAGCAGGCAAACGGGCAACAGUCUGCCUCUCCUACCGCGUGA